AUGCCUCUGAAUCCUCCCCUGCCUGUGGUCCAGGGUAUUCACCUUAUCCCAGCAACAGCGCUGCCAGACAAACUUCGCUCUGUGUUCAAGUUCCAUGUUUUCAACGCGAUUCAAUCCAAGUGUUUCUCAACUGCUUUCAAGACAGAUGACAACAUCGUCGUUUCGGCCCCAACAGGAAGCGGCAAGACAGUUGUCAUGGAGCUUGCCAUUUGCAGACUCAUGGCCAAAUUCCGUGGUGAGGAUUUCAAAAUUAUCUACCAGGCCCCUACCAAGUCACUGUGCUCCGAGAGACACCGAGACUGGCGGGCUAAAUUCGGCGUUCUCGACCUGCAGUGCGCCGAACUCACCGGUGAUACGGAGUCUAGCCACUUGCGAGACGUACAAAGCGCGCACAUAAUCAUUACUACCCCAGAGAAAUGGGAUAGUGUCACUCGGAAAUGGAAAGACCACGCCAGGCUCAUGCAGCUCGUGAAACUGUUCCUGGUUGAUGAAGUCCAUAUUCUCAAGGAGAGUCGCGGUGCAACUCUGGAAGCUGUCGUCUCACGUAUGAAAUCUGUGAGUUCGGAUAUCAGAUUCGUUGCAUUGUCCGCGACGGUUCCAAAUUCGGAAGAUAUUGCCACUUGGUUGGGUAAAAGUCCCACUAAACAGCACUUGCCCGCACAUCGGGAGGUCUUUGGUGAAAGCUUCCGGCCUGUGGUCCUCAAUAAACAUGUAUAUGGCUUCGAAGCUAAAUGCAAUGAUUUUGGUUUGGGGGAGUUAUUGACACCGCACAUACCCAACGUCAUCGCAAAGCAUGGCAAAGGCAAACCUGUGAUGAUUUUCUGUCCUACGCGACGAGCAUGCGUCACUACAGCUAGGAUGCUGGCGGAUUUGUGGACUGGCUCACACUCCUCGCAACGUCUUUGGCGUGGACCGGACAGGCCACUUUCGUUUUCAAAUCCCGAAGUUCGUGCCACCUCCGGAGCUGGUGUCGCCAUUCAUCACGGGGGCCUGACAGCGGAAGAUCGUCGUGGUAUCGAGCAGGCUUUUCUGGAAGGGCAGAUCAACGUCCUCUGCUGCACAUCAACACUGGCUGUGGGUGUGAACCUACCAUGCUACUUGGUAAUCCUCAAAGGAACUACCAGCUGGAACGGCAGUGGUUUCCACGAAUACGCUGAUCUCGAGGUGAUGCAAAUGCUAGGCAGAGCUGGCCGACCGCAGUUUGAGACUUCGGCAUGUGGAGUGAUCCUCACUCGAAAAGAUAAGGUUUCCCAAUACGAACGAAUGGUGUCAGGAGAAGAACUGCUUGAGAGCUGUCUUCACCAGAAUCUGAUCGAACAUCUCAACGCCGAGAUCGGUCUAGGCACUGUACGCGACCUGGAUACGGCAAAGCAAUGGCUGGCGGGCACGUUCAUGUACGUCCGAGUCAUGAAAAAUCCCUCGCAUUACAAACUUAGAGAAGGCGUCGACCAUGACAGCGAGGACGAGCUGUUGGAGCUGUUGUGCGAGCAAAACAUCUCAUUGCUUCGGGAUGCUGGCUUCAUCAACCAGGACCCCCGACUGACCUCGACUGCAUAUGGCGAAGCAAUGGCACGAUAUUGUGUCAGUUUCGACACUAUGAAGUUGUUUGUGGGGUUGCCUCCAAAAGCUAAGACUUCUGAGAUUCUCUCGGUAUUAACGCAAGCACGCGAGUUUCGAGAAGUAAGGAUGCAAGCGGGUGAGAAGUCGUUCUACAAGGAGAUCAAUAAGGCACCAGAGAUCAAAUUCCCCAUCAAGGUUGACAUCGCAUUGCCAGCACACAAAGUCUCGCUUCUAAUCCAGGCCGAGUUGGGGAACGUCGCGAUACCUGACGGCGAGAAUCAUGGAAAACAUCACCAACAGCAUAGGCAUGACAAGUGCACUGUUUUCACACAUGCCAAUCGCCUGAUCCGAUGCAUAAUCGAUUGUCAGACCUACUUGAAGGACGCCAUCUCGACGCGACAGGCCCUAGAGCUCGGUCGCAGCCUCGCUGCCCGAGUUUGGGACAAUACAGCCAGUCAACUCAGACAGAUCGAUGGUCUCGGUGAAGUAUCUGUUCGAAAACUGGCUUCAGCCUCGAUUAACAGCAUCGAGACAUUGCUGAAUACCGAGCCUUCCCGCCUUGACCUGGUUCUGGGAAAGAAUCCCCCAUUCGGUCGUGAACUCCUCAAGAAGCUUGAGAGCUUUCCAAACCUGAGAGUGUCCGUCAAGGAGACCGGCCGAGAACUCCAGCCUGGUAGGGGUGUGGUAAUCAACUUUGUCGCGGACAUUGGUUUCUUGAACAUCGCACCACCGAGGAGCUUUAGGAAGAAGCACCACCUAUAUGUCUGCUUCUUGGCAGAAACAGCUGAUGGUGACCUUCUCGACUUCCGCAAGAUCAGUGCAAAGAAGGUGGGCGAGGGUGAGGAGAUAUCUCUCACCACGCAGCUCACAAAGCCUACCAGUCAUUUGAAUUGCUAUGUCAUGUGUGAUGAUAUCGCCGGGACCAGCAAAUAUGCCGAGCUACGUCUAUCAGGAAUUCCAGACUCAAUCUACCCUGGCCCUCGGCAUUUAGAAGACGUGACGCCAAAGUCCACAGCUACUUCGAGCCGAAAUCGUCAAAACGCAAGUGCCUGGGACGACGAAUUCGAUGACGGUGGAAUCAACGAUCAAGAUCUUCUGUCGCUUGAAGCGCAUGCAGACGACAUCGAAGUUAUUGAAGACCUCGACGCUAUUCUGGCUGAAGAAAGCAGGCGCCAAAAAAAGUCUACCAAGGCGUCCCCGACUGUGACUCCUCAGGUAAAACAUGAACUUAUCGAGGACGCUGAUCACACUGCGCAUCGAGAACCAACACGUCUCAGAAACGGUCGUUGGACUUGCCAGCACGAUUGUGAAGAACGCGGUAGGAAGUGCAAGCACAAAUGCUGUGCGGAAGGAGUGGCCAAGCCCAGACGCCGGCCCAAGGCCGAAUCCAAGUGCAAAGCCGUAGAAAAGGUUCAAACGACAUUGAGAAACGUGACGACCGCCGGGAAGGCAAAAGCAAAUCCCAACUUGCAAAAUACAAACGUCUCGGCGAAAUCGCAGAAGUCCACACAAAGAAGUGACUACAGCGAGACUACCUCAAUGAGAGGCAAGGAAGAUUCGGCGGAACCAGCACGUAAGAGAACAAAAUAUUCUGCCGAGCCAGAGUCCGACGAUGGCCAUCUUGAACAACCAAGCCGUCUGCAGCGGGUUGACGGCACUAAAGAACCCAGCCCAGAGGUCGAGCUGUCUAACAACCGAGAGAGCCUAUCGAAUGUGGAAGAUGGCAACAUUAUGAACGGAGACAACACCCCUUUUGAUCCGAUUCCCAGCGACGCGUGUCCAGUGGAUGCCGACCUUCCCAGCAGAGAGGCGUCUAUCUCCCAUGAAGAGGGCAUAACGCCCGUCAUUCAGCGAGGAGCCGAGGAUACCUGGUCCGGACAGGACUGCUUCCCUGACUUCUUAACUUCGGAAUUUGAUCUCGGUGGUUUCGAACCACCACUUGAGCAUGUUGCAAUGUCCGAUGUGCAGAGACCUUCCAAAGGGCUGUUUAUCACGGGAUUCAGCAGCAGUCCAGUCAAACCCUCCAUCGAGAACACCGUUCCAGACGAUAGAGCAGAUGAUGCGUCCGAAAUGGCGGUGGAUCGCGCUUACCCUUCGAUUGGGUCAAUUGAUAUCACAUCAAACAUCGGCUACCGAGUCGAUCUGCUGGGUAAGAGUUUGACGGGAUCCGACCCAGGGACUCCCACCGAGAUCACGGCGGAGACCCCGGAAAGAACAGAACUGCCAGCGAUCACAGUGCCAAAAGAGCGAGUUGCUGUAAGCAUGCCACAAGAGGGCCAGGCAGACCGUCAACAACAGAUGCACGAUGAAGAUCAGAAGAAGAAAUGGGAGGGUGUUGACCAGUGGAUUUAUGAUGCAUUCCAUGAGUACGUUGAGCUUGUUUGA